CUUUCGUCGUCCGUAAACCGGAAGCGGAAGUUUACUUAGAAUUCAAGAUAGUUUCUUUGAAAUAGCAGCCAACUGCUGCUUCAUUGUCAGCUGAAGGGAAACGGUAGAGAAACCGUCAGUUAGCACAUGCUAGCUACGUCGACUGGUAAGUAAUUAUUAAACUGUACCCUAUCCUCAAACCAGGAGCUUCAAACCAUCGAAACGACAAAGUUUCUUUUUCGCCAAAUAGUAUUGUUACUUCCGUCAAUUCGUUUUCGUUAUUCUAAUCGAAGCUCCUGAAUCGAAGAGAAUUAAGACGGAACCCAUCAGGAAAUUGAGUUAUUGGUUAAAUUAUUCUGGUACCAGGCCUUUGUUCUCAGCAUUUGAAAUUACUCAAUUUCCUCAUGGAUUCCGUCUUAAUUUGUAUCUAUAUAUCCAGAAUAUAUAUAUAUAGAAUUCAAGAUAGUAUCCAGAAUAUAUAUAUACAUAUAUAUUAAUAAUCACAGGAGUUCAGGCUUCAGGAGUAAUCAUUGAUCUUUUAUUGCGACAGUGCUGUUUCGUAUGGUCCGAAAUUGUAGGACCACACUCAUCAGGCAACUUCAACGAUAAGAAUCGUUGAAGUUGCCUGAUGAGUGUGGUCCUACAAUUUCGGACCAUACGAAACAGCACUGUCGCAAUAAAAGAUCAAUGAUUAUUCCUGAAGCCUGAACUCCUGUGAUUAUUAAUAGUCAAUGCUCUUCAAUUAAAUGAAUUGAGCGCUCUACGGAAUACGUUCUACCCAGAAUACAAGUAUUUAUAUACAUAUAUAUAUAUAGACUCCCUUAAUUAAGAAUAUCGAGGAAGCAAUAAUGAUUUAUUCUGAAAUUUGCUCAGUACAAAAUUAUAAGGUCAAUUUAUGAUUGGUUAGAUAUAUACCCAACUGUGUAUCGCGUAAAAUAUCGCGAAUGAAGGGAGAAAGACAAAACGAAAGCAAAACGUGAGUGACCACCUCGUUCUGUAUGCAAGGAGCAACGGAAGCGAGGCUGAAAGGAAGGGCGGUCUUGGGAGAGAUUUGUUCAUGAUUAUAAUAUAAUACUCGCUGAUGACAGAUGCCCGUUUAACAACGCUUUCCUUUUCUAUGAAAACGCAAUAUCACUUCAGCAAAAUAGCUUACACAAUUGAUUUUCCUUCAAAAGUCUCUGGGAUGGUCAUAAUUGUAAUUAUCACACGGCAUGUCUGAAAACCAGCUUGCUGAGCCAUUUACCGUGUUUAAAUAAAGUUGAUUGAUUGAUUGAUUGAUUGACAAUACGACUCGGUAUUUCCCUUUCGUCAGGGGCACCCAACGUCAAUUUUCGGGAAAAUAUCUGUUCGGAAGACGAUUUGAGAUCUAGAAUUUUCGGAACAUUUGCUGUAAAAUUUCUUGCUUGCCUGCCUCUCGUAGGAUUUUCGAACAUCUAAAAAAGGUAUAAUUGUCCAUUUUUAACCGAUUUUUACCCUAAGAAGGUCACCUAGAAUCUUCGGGAGCCUUUUUUUCUGUCUGAAAUUUUCGAAAAGGUAAGUUUUGAUCCUUAUAAUUUUCGGAUCACUAGACUUUCAGCUAGGAAAUCGGAACAGAUGAAAAAUUUUUAGGGAUAAAAAUAUGCCUAUAUCUACCGUUUAAAUACUAAAAUACGUUUAACAAUGCUAUGUUUAAGUGGUUUUGAACUAUAUUCUCGUUGGGUGCCCCUGUUUCGUGAACGGCACUCCACAGCGGAGAACAUUUUCCUCCGGCAGAGGACCAGUAGGCCUUUGGCAUUACCUGAUCUACUUUGGCUAAACACGAAAACAGUUCGCUUUUGAAAUAUUUUGUUAGCACGAGCUGAAAGAGCAUAUUAAAAUAAGGUAACCUGUAAAUUUCCAGCCGUAUAUGUCAAAAGUAGCGAUUGUAACGACCGUCAAGAAAAACAACUCUUGCCACCCAGUCACACUUAAAUGGUUUUCCAUACGACUCCUUGUAAAUUCUGGAUUUUUUAAACUGUCGUUAACUUUCCCUUACGCAUUUAAGGGCUCGAAUUUGCCUGUUAUAAAUUUUAAAGGAAUUUUGAGCUCCGUAAUGCUUAAAGAAAUAUUUCAACACAGUUUAAAAACUCCUAAAUUUACAAGGAUUUGUACGGAAAACCCUUCUGGCGUGAAUGGGUGCCAAAAGUUGUUUUACUCAUACAAAUCCUUGUAAUUUUCGGUGGCCGAGUUAGCGCGCCGAAUAGGUCUAUUUACAGGUUACCUAAUUUUAAUAUGCUCUUUCGGCUCGCGCUAACAGCAUUUUCAAAGGCGAACUGUUGUCGUGUUUACUGAAAGUUGGUCAUGUGAUCAACUAAUGCAGUAGGCCUGCGGGGAUCACGAUAAUAUUGCACAAAAUUUUUCCAACUGCGAUGCAGCGAUCAUCUGGAUCUUUACUGGUUUUGACGUCGCAAGUUCUUUGGCCUUGUCCAUGUUUUUUUUUUUUUUUUCCCAGGUCGCAAUAAUGUUUUAUUCCCAGCAAUCCUUGCGCGCGCUGACAGGUUCUCCUGUGUUGGCUGUCGUUGGACUUCGUGAUAUGGCAAUUAAGGACUUUUGAUAGCAAAGUUUGUUUUUUUUUUUUACUUUGUUCGUCGUUAUGAAUUGGCUGACAUUAACGUCUCCGCAGAACUUUGUACCUGUUUUUUCGUACAGGCAUGAAGUAACUAAAGCAUAAGGAGGGUCCCCCGCAACGUGGCGUGGAUCAACUUCACCGCACCUUAAAAGGUGAACCGGUGAAGUUGAUCCACGCCACGUUUUAAUUUGCAAAACAUAUUUAACCAUUACCCAAGGAAACUGUUGUUAAUGGAUCACAAUACGCACAAUUAAAUGCACUCUUGAUUCCUCACUUACUUGUAAGGAUAUGUAAAAGACCAAUAAGUAAGACGUUGACAAGUUUUAACUAAAGAAAUCCAGUUCAUUAUUGAAUAGUAACAAAUGAAAUACUGUACGAAGAAAGGAAAGGGUGUUUCUCCUUCUAUUGCAGUCGUCAACUGACGGUCAAUUGUAGGCGAAAAUGUCCGAACACUCAGCAGUUCCCCUGUGUCUCCCAAAUAACUGUAAAUGGGAUGAACAGACCGGUGAAUACAGCAAAGACGAGGAUCAAGAUAGGACCAAACUUAAUGUGAUCAACGCUGCGUUGGAACAGCUAAAAGCUAUUAAAGGUUGGAGGAACGGAAUAAAAAUAAAAUAUUUUUCUUUACUUUUUUUUUUCUCUAAAAUUCACGUUUUCUUUCAUGGUCAGAUGUAGCGGAGACGGAUCCCUUCAAGAUUUUUUUUUCUUCUUUUUUAAAUGGAAAGGACACAAAUAGAUUGAGUUCUGGGGUAACGCUUCCUUUUACCUUUUUCACUUUUUGGCAACUUUGGUAUAUAAUAGCAUCAAGAGAAAAUAAUCUCUCUUGAUUGCAUUAAAAACUUAUUCACCAGAGGUGCCAUCAAGACUCCUAAUUCAAACCAGAUGCACCUUCAUCACCAAUGGCAAAUUCACCUGGGAUGGACAGCAUUUAGCCACCUUUUGUAAUGAUUAAGUUUGUUAUGACGUUUUAGGUCCGGUGUGUGUGGUGUCGAUUGCUGGACCGUGCAGGAAAGGCAAAUCCUACAUCUUGAGCAAGGUAUUUGAUCAGGGUGAGGUAUUUCCUCUCGGACAUGAAUUGGAUCCCGAGACCAUGGGAAUCUGGAUGUGGAUUGUACCAGAAAAAUUUCAGGUAUAUACUCUUGCAGCUUUAUAUGAAUUUUCUUUCCCAUACAGAUCAGUUCCACGUUGUGUAAAUAAAGUGUAUGUAUGUAUGCUAAUUCUGACAGAGAAAAUGGAGUCUGCAGUGAUGCUAAGGUCAGCUGCACAGUUUGAGUAAUCUUACAGUUUUGGGCAAUUCUCUACUUUCUUGAUCUCUUCAGUACAGUGUUCAUUAAAUUUACAGCUACUGUAAUGAGCACUGUAUUGUUGAGGUCAGAGCUGGUGCAUAUUAUGUGUAUACAUUAAUGUAUGUGCAUAUUUGAUUUCAGGUUAAAUUUUUUAAACAAGGUUCGAUUCUCAAUUUCCUUCGUCUUCUAGCCCUAAUGUUCUUGAAUUACGGUUAGGAAACAAAUGAAAUUGAGAAUCGACCUAGAUUAACUCAAAAUUAACCGAAAAUCAAAUUUGACCUGUGACACAUACAUGUGCAGUACAUGACUGUGUAUUGUUCACAGUUACAUAUAAUAGGCUGCUGUGAAGAAGCUUGGGUCAGAAAUUCUGAAUCUCAAGUGUUGUUUGGGGGUCAGAAAUUCUGAAUCCUCUCCUCUGUUCUUGGGGGAUCAGAAAUUCUGAAUCCUCCCCCGUAUUGCUUGGAAGAAUUUUAUAAUUCCUUGCAAACAGGGAGACGUUUCCUGUGAGUUUUAACACCAGUUUAAGGUUAAGAGUAAACUGCAAAAAUCGUCUUUGAAAUUAAGUGGCAAACAUGAAACUCCGUGAAAGCUCCAGGUUUCACUUCUAGCCAAUUUUACACUCAUUUCCAAGGGAACUUCAAAACCUGCAACGUAAGAAAGACUUUUCUUGGAGACAGGUCUCUAUUUUUAACGGAAAAGGCAGCCUUUUUUGAGGUGAUUCUCAGUAUUUGCUCUGACUUUUACCAAACUGGAACCCCGUACACCACAUUUUAGUUUGAAGGCGUUUGCUCCUGAAUGUAUUGAAAUAUGCAAUAUUAGAUAGCUGGGUUUCAAUAUCCUUCAACUGGAACAAUUUGUUCUCAUCGUGGUUGCAGGAUACCAGUGGCCAGGAAUUCACAGUAGUGCUGUUGGACUCCGAAGGAAUUGAUGCAGUGUCGGGUGAAGGAUCCGAUGAUCACUGUAUAUUUACGCUAACCAUUUUACUGGCGUCAGUUUUGAUUUACAACUCAGCUGGUGUUCCUACCAGGACUGAUCUUGAUGGACUAGAGUAUCCAUUAUCAUAAUACUAAUCUACUGUAACGAGAAGAUCCUUUGAAAGGGAGAGGCUUACGAUAUUAAAUUUCAGAAAUUUCAAGAACUAGUGUUUGAAAAAAUAAUAAGUAAAGAACAAGGUUUUAUCUUUAGAUGAUUCCAAGCAACGUAAUGUCACACUUUUAAAACAGAUUGAGAGAAACCUUUUUAAAAGUGAGCCACUGCUUUCAUAGCUUGAACGUAAUCCAUUUUAAAGUUCUGUUAAUUUUUGCCUGUCCGUUCAACCUUUUAUUGCACGACAGUUUGAAGAAUUUAUGUUGCAUCUACUUAAGGCACCCCUGUAACCACUCGGUAACUGCUGAAAUUGCAGAAAAUUAAAAGUAGUAGGCAACUUGAUAUAGCGAAUCAGUAAAAACCCUCUAUGUUUGGUCUUAACAACAAAAAAGCUAUAUAUUAAAACUCUCUCAGCGGAUUCAAAUUCACUCUGGCAGUCAAGGAGGUGAUGCACAACGAGGGGUGGGCACCAUAGAAGACGCCAAACUUUUCCAUAAGACGUUUCCUUUCUUCAUUUGGCUGUUGAGAGAUGUUGUCUUAGCGCUUCCUAAAGGUUGCCCGAAUAUCAAGGAUUACUUUCUUACAAAAGUAAGUUCAUCUGGAAUAUGACAAUGCAAUGCUAAUAUUAUUAUUAUUAUUAUUAUUAUUAUUAUUAUUUGUUUCUGCUGUGUAUAAAAAGAUUUUUUUCACAAAAUUUGCGAAUUAAUCGUUACAUAACUGCAACCGUUAACUUAGCCUGUUACUGGCGUUCAGAUUGUUCAGAUUGUGGGGACGAAGCAAAGAGAUGUGAGCAGAAAAAACAGCAAGUGGGUGGGGUUAGGGGGUGAGUGCUACGGUUCCUGCCACUUCCCUCUCUCUAUGAGACUCUCUCCUUAUUUUUUUUUUCCGGCUCUCUGGGUUCGCGCUGUACUCCGGCCGUUAUCUGAACGCCCGGAGGAGGCUAUCAUAAACUUUGUAAUCCAUUCGUAAAAGUUAUUUACUUUUUGGCGGUUGAUAGUUAUUGAAUGCUUGCUUUAUCAUCAUUAAGUACUCGAUCAUGGUAGUUUAAUUGGGCAUUACUGCCGGAAGAAGAAUCUCUUUCGUCUUCUGACUGCUUAGUAAUGCUGUACCCAGUCACAGUUAGUGAUUUUUAAAUUGUCAUUUAUUGAAUCUGGUGAAGCACAAACUGCCGCAACAAUUUUCUCAUUCAAUUUACAGGUAUUCAAAACCUCAGCAUCAUCAAAGCCAGAUAAGGCCAAAGACGUAGCAGAAAGCAUUUUAAGCUACUUUCCUGGUUUCGAUGCUUUCAAGCUGCCACCCCCAUCCUCUGAUCCUGAGGUUGUUCUUAAUCUCAACCGGGACGAAGUCCAGCAAGACAUAAACAAAUCAUUUGUUCGCGGAGUAGAGGAGUUCAAGGCCAAUCUAAAGUCUAAGCUGGCUCCGAAGCUCAGUUUUAGUGAGGGGGAAAUUGUGACAGGGGAAGGUAUGUGACGGGGGGGGGGGAGGUAUCUCUAAGGAAAUCGUUCAGGUUCAGUUCGCCUGCCAGUAUGACGUCACGUCUCGCGUCGGUGACUUUCAAAAUGGCGAGCAAAGUGUUCAUCGAAGAGACGGAUAAAAAUUUCGAAUUUAUCACGGAAAUACUUUUCCGAUGUCUUGCACCUGGAGAUUUUUUGUCAUAGAAAACCAGACGUCUUUGGUACUUCUUUGUAAUGAAACGUCCAGUGGUGUAAUGAAUUUUAAAGAUUUCUUUCUAUCGUCGAGCAAAUUCUACUGGCAAUCAUAGCGACCGGUCACACUUUUGAGGGUCAGUGCACAGCAAUCCAGCAAGAUUGAGGAAUUUAGACACAGCAAUAGGAGGUUCAUCAAGUGAUGUAUUAUGCUUUACAUAGUGCGUAUUUGCAGCUCUGCAGAGCUAGUGGAACCCCAUAUCAAUCCUUUCAAAGUUCGCUUAGCUGGUAGCGUUGAAAGAAGAAGAAGCCAAAUGACGGGUAUUUGAAAGAGACUGUGAGCAUUGAAUCUUGUUGCUUUACCGAAUUUUAAUACUGUGCUGGAGAUGUAACUGAAUCCCGAACACCAAUAAAAGGCUUCGUUUGAUUAUUGUUUUUGGGUCAACCAAGUGGAGAUCGUAGGGUAAUAAUAUUGUUAAAUCGCCAGUGGUUGUUGGGUGUAAAUUAGAAAAGUUUGUAGUGUACUAGUUUAGUCCCUUUUCUAAAAUAUAACUCGGGACUAAAGCUUAAAAUGUAUAUUGAUCCAAGUGCAUGACUGCAGCAGGGUCAGCAGUAAGAAUAAAGAAAAACAGGCCAAAAAAUGGGACUAAAAAACAAAGACUAAACAGAAAAAAAAAACAACAACAACAAACAAACAAAACAAAAAAACGAUACAACAAAAAACAAUAAACAGCGUCGCCGGGAGUCGCACCCGGGUCAUCUGCAGGUGCAGGCAACUCCUUGACCACUGAAUCACACUGCCAAUAACACAAGUUUUGAAAAUUAAUGUGGUUAUAUCAAAACCAUUUUUCUUUGCCACAGACCCUUUUCGAAGCUGGUGGAGCUAUAUUUAUCAUGAAUUCAAAUAUACAUUCGAAGAAAAUUAGCUUAAGCGCGUAUUUCAAAGCUAUUUCGCAUUAUUUCCGGUUCAACGGGCCGAUCGAUGUAUAGAUAAUCCAUCAAACUAGCUUUACUGAAUUUGGUGGUGAAUUAGGAAAUCAACAGAGGCCCACACUCGAAAGGAUUGAUAUGAGGUUAGGUCGGUUUAAUUAAUGACAGAAUAGAUGAAAUAUAAAUAAAGUGUGAUUUGUGAAUGGAACCUCCUAUUCUGGACACUAGACCUUGCCUAUUUUAGAGAAAAAAGGAUUUAGGUUUUGAUGAAAUUGCUGGUCCCGUGAAAAAGAUGGCGAUCCAGCAACACGGCCCGCAAAAGAAAUUAACAAAAUUAUACAAUUAAGGACGCAAAUAUCAAAACGGUUUACGCAAACAGAUUAUAGCAACAACAAAACUCACACACUUGCAAUCAAAUUAGCGAUAAAAAACUUGAGAUUUACUAGACUGUUCAGUGUUCACAGACCCCUAUUUUUCUCGAGAGAUCGUCGGGCUCGAGCGCUUACCGGUACAGGCGGCCAACUUGGUUUCAUGGUACCGAGGUACUGGAGUCGGGAAACCGUCCCUUGCCCACUUGGUAGAUUUGACUCUCAUCACCAGGCUACACUCGGAACAUUUGAAACUAAGAUGGCCGCGCGUAAAGACGAUCUUACGGAAAAAUAGGGGGCCGUGAACUGUCUAGAGAUUUGCAAAUCGUUCCAUAAAUCAGAAUAUAUUAAUGGUUGCAUAGAACGUAUCGCAAAUUCUAAGUAAAACUAUGGCGUAUUCUUAUUAACAGAGGAGGCCUAAAGUCACCAGAAGGCGCAAUUUUUUUACUCAUACCAUUUUUAUUAAAGCUCUUGCAACCAUGGUUACCAGUUACGUGACGGCAUUGAACACCCCUGGAAUGGUACCAAAUAUCCAAAAGGCCUGGGACGUGUUCGUUACUGCAAAGUGUACCCAAGCCAAAUCGGAGUCCAUUACAGUAUACGAUGAAACGAUGGAGUCAGAAAUGUCUGGUAGGAUGCCGUGUGAAAGGGACGUGAUUCGACAGGCCCAAAUGGUGGCACUCGACAAAGCACUUAAGCUGUUUGAAGAAAAAACAUACGGAAUAUCGACAGGGAAUAUGGAGAAAUAUCUCCAUGAAUUGACGGUAAGGAGUUGAAAGACCUGCCGACUGAUAAGUAUUUGAUCGUCAUGUCCAAAGGGAUACUCUGCAGUUCCCGAUUUAACAUUCAUUUUUCAUCUCAAUUCGGAAGCUCACGAGAGUCUUUUGACUGUCAAAAAUUAAGCCUGUGUUUCAAAUUUUCAAAUGUUGCAUUUACGGAGGGAAACAAAUUCGGGAAAAAAGCUCUUUAAAAAGUCCUCAGCACGGUUUUGGACCAACAACAAGUUGCACUGUCUUAUUAAGGGUUCGUCUAAGAAUCGAGCCCGCACCAUUACCAAAGAGAUGCUAGGUCAGAGCACAAGGCGAGCUGCCUAGACCACCAACCACUGAUUGCGAAAUCUCUUCUCCCCACCCACCCCCUUAUCACCGCGUGCAUUUUCUUUCACUCUUUGUACAGCUGUAGGUCGCAAGGCGAGCAACAAAUAUGGUUGCAAUGUCUGACUUUAAUUAUUUACUAAUAAUAACGGAUUAGAAAUGAGAAAACAUGGGUUAAAAAUUCAGAUGCGCAAGUCAAUGAAACAACUCUGGAAAAGAAGCUUUAUGCAAUAUGUCAACAACGUACUUCUUGGUAUGUUUUAAUUGUAACUUAUUUUUCCGAAAAUCUAAAAUUAUAAUAUCAACUAAUCACAGGAUUACAUGGAGAACGGUUUGAACAACUGGCAAAAGGAAAAUGCUCGUCUAACCAAGGAAAGCUGCAAUCAGCUGUUGGUUGGAUUAAAGCGCCAGCACCUGGACCCAGUCUUGACACAGCUUAGAGGAAAAGAUGGCGCUAAAGUUUCUUUCGCUGAAAUUAUGGCCUGUUACUCGGCUAUUGAGCAAGGAUUUAAGCUGGAAGCUAAAGGAGCUGAGGAUGUCUGUGCACAGGUUUUCUUCGAAUUCCACCCCGUGAGUAUCAUAUGAAUAGGGUGUCACCUCUGGCAGAAUACAACAUUCAAUACUUAAAAACAAUAACAAAAAUAAUAAUAAUAAUCAUGUUUUUUUUUUUAAUAAGACCAAUUGUAUCCUAUGUCACAAUUUCUUAUUUAUUGUGUAUCACAAAAAAAGAGACAUGUAGCGCUCAGCAUUUACUUAAGGGCGUGCACAUUGUUAAGCUGCCUUAAUCACAAUUCACCUCAAUCAUCAUUUGAAAUCAGAUGCGUAGUAACAUACACCGAUCAUUUUUUCGAGUAUGUCCUCUUCUCAAAGACUAUUCUCAAAUUCUCUUGCUCUGAGAUAAGGAAGGGAGAAGUAUGGGAGAGAAAAAAAUGCUAGUCCUUUGAGUUUCUUUGUUAAUUGUUUUGCUUGUUUUCGGAAUCUCUAAAAUAAAUUAGGAACUUCAGGGUGAGAUGGAAAACCACAUGGAGCAUUUGCAGCAGCUCAAAGAUUUUGAUGAAAACUUGGCGUACGAAAAGGAGGCCCGUGCACAUGAAAUGCAGGAAAAGAAAAGACUCGAGGUAUAGAAGGCGCCUACAAAGACGAUUGAUAUUAAUGAUAAUGCUGAUGAUUUUGAUAAUGGCAAUGAUGAUAAUGAUGAUGAUGAUGACGAUAAUGAUGAUCAUGAAGAUGACAAUGGUGAUGGUGAUAAUGAUGAUGAUGAUGAUGUUAAUGAUGAUAAUGAUAAUGAUGAUGAUGAUGAUGAUGAUGAUGAUGAUGAUGAUGGUACAUACUUUAUUAUAAUCCAUCCCCAAAAGCUUUAUCCCCUCAUGCCACCCCUUAUCAGGUCUUUUCAGAUGUACAUACAAACAUAUAACAUAGUAAUGUGUUGGUGGUAAAAGCGAUGAUUACGAUGACGACAUAGUAUAUAAUUUGAUGUUCUAUUAGUUCUAGUCAUAAGGUUAUUAAUUUUCCCAUCGUUUUUCAUUCAGGAGGAAAGAGCUCGACUGGCGGAGGAACAAGCAAUGAAAGAAAGGGAGGUUAGUUAAAGGCAGAUUCCUUGUCGGUCAACAGAGCGUCAGGCAUGCGGAGAUUUUAUUCAUAGGACAUAUAGCUAUUUUAAACAGUUAUUGGAUGAGGUUCUUGUGAUAUCCAGAAUAAACAAGGUUGCGGUAAAUGAUAUCAGCCGAGCCUUAUUUUGGAUAUCACAAAACUGAAUAUUAAUUAUUGUUUUUACUGUUUGGAAGAAAAUAACGACAGACACACCGUCGCAAGGAUAUUGAUAUUAGAAAUCAUGCAUUGCGCGCGCAACCUACAGAUUAGUCAGUUAUCGGCCAGCAGAUCUAUAAAUAACUAAUCUGUAGGUUGCGCUUAUUUCCAGAAUUAGCUCUAGGCUCUUAGCCAAUUAGAAGACAGAUAGUGAGUACAGCGUGUAAUAAUGUCAGUUAUUGUCACUUUUUACGUUCCCUUGAGUGAAAUUUCUAUUGUGGGGGUGGCUGGGCCAAUUAACCCAGCUCAUGACAGGAUCAGCCCCUAAAUUAUGGUUGAGACAGUUCAGCCUUUUUUAUGUCUUUCAAUACAAAACUCUUGGAUAAUCUCGCAAUAAAAAAUGUCUAAUAAUAUUAACCCUCGGACGUACACGCAAACUAAUACCCCCCAACGUGGUACAAGGGGGGAAGGGGUGGAUUUAACCCCUCCCAGGAAUUUUUGAUAUGUGGAAAGCCUUUUAUCUGCUUAACAAGAUGAGGUAUAUUUUAUGGAUGGUGGCGCUGCUGGAGGCCUGUGACGUCACCAACAAUGCUCGCCAUUUUGGCCACUAUCUUAAAACCGGGAGAAAUAGUAAUUUUUUGUGCUUCACAUGAAAAAUGACACAUAAAUAAGCACCUUGCAUGAUUUUAGCCAAAAGAUUUACUUUAAGUGUUGAAAGAACUUAAAAAAACCACCUGCUACUUAUGACGUCAUAUCUCGUAACCAUAGCAACUGAGCGUUACUAAACUUGUCUCAAAAUUUUCGCAACGGAUGAACGAGCAGCUACCUCGUCAGGUGCUGAUGUUUUAUACUCUAGGAUAAAACUCAGUGAAACCUUAUGGGGGGGAGUGGUAUCCACCCCCCUCCCCCACCUAGAAUUUCAACCAAACAAGGAAACACGAGAAAAAUGUUAUAAGUAAUAUUGUAUCAGUUUUUUUAAUUGUUUUUUUUUUCUUUGUUGUUGUUAUAAUUGUUGUCUUUUUGUUGCUGUUCUAGGUUUUUUGUUAUUUCAUUUUUUUUUAAACUUUUGCUUCAAGAACUGUCACAAAAUUCAACAUUACGCUCACCAUCCGACUUAUACCAUUACAGACUCUUGUGACCUCAGAAACCUAUUGGUAGCCUACCAAAAAAGAGCCUAAUAUUAGCUUGAAAGCCUGUCACGCUUAAUUUUUAUUGAUUUUAUUAUUACUAUUACUAUUAUUAUUAAUUUUUUAUUAUAUUUUUUGUUUAUUGUGUGUUUGUUUUUUUGCCCUUUACCAUUUCUUAAAAUUGUUUUUUUAGCUUGAGACAUUGAAAGCUAAGCAGGAGGAAGAGAAACGCCGUCUUGAAGAACAGUUAAGAUCUGGCAUGGAAGCACAAAGAAGACAGAUGGAUAACAUGAUUAGAGCAAACAUGGAGGAGCUGCAGAGAGAAAGAGAAAGUGUUAUGGCACAGAACAAAACUCUGCAGCAGUCGAUCGAGGGAAUGCAGAGAUCAUUAAACGAAAGGAAUGGCGAGAUUACAAAUCUCCAACGCCAGAUACAGGAGAUUGCUAACCGGCCACCACCCCAACCACCAAAAAAGAAACGGCGCUGUGUUAUUAUGUAAGGAAAGCAUUUUCGCAGUCAUCUGAGCGUCAACGCUGUAAAAUAUCAGGACAGCUGACUUUCAGAAAUCCGCCAAUGCGUGAUUACUGUGGAUAUAUGUAACUUACCCUACCUAUUGAGAUUUAAAACCGGAAGUUGCGGGGUUGUUGUAGAAAUUUAGCAUUUGCGGAACUUCGAUUCAAACGUCAGUGGUGUAGUCAAAUUAAAUGCAUGAAAGACAUUCUUUGAAAAUUUAGUGGCUUGUUCCACUGUCCUUUUUCCUUUUCACCUUUUCCAUUUCAAACUACAGUGAAACCGGACACCUUCGGGACCUUCGCAAGUGUCCGCUUAAUAGAGACCAGGUUGUAAAAAUUGCGCAAUGUUUGUUAACAUUCAAGGGUUACUCUGUACUGUGGUAAAGUUGAAUGUUGUUAAAGCACAGGCUGCCCAAGCUCAGUGUGUGAGUUUAAUCGUUAACACAUGUAGUUUCAUAUUGCGUAAUUUAAAAUGGCCGUGAAUAUAAAGGAUUUGUAUGGGAAUUCAGGUAAAAGAUUCAAAUCGAUAAAUAUUCGCUAGAAUGUUCAAUAAAAUACGACUUACCGUAUUUACUUUGCUUGUUUUUGUUUGCUGUGUGGUUAUUUUCAUUUCAUCUCAUUAGCCGAGCAAUCCGGCCACUGCAACCGACGCCAAGCGGCAGUUUGUUUUCCAAAAUCCAAGACAAAACGACGCCGAAGGGGCGAGUACAUUUUCACCACGUCACACGACCGUUGAAAACUUGUCAUCGACAAUUUUUUAUUCGAACCCCGGCUCCCCUCGGGUCGAUUUGACAAGAGGGUUCGAAAAAUUGUCGAUGACAAGUGACGGUGUGGUACCCAGUGAGGCUUAGUUUGUAGUGGAGGCAGGGUUACCAAACGGGUUUUCAACGGUCGUGUGUUGUGGUGAAAAUGUACUCGCCCCUUCGGCGUCGUUUUGUCUUGGAUUUUGGAAAACAAACUGCCGCUUGGCGUCGGUUGCAGUGGCCGGAUUGCUCGGCUAAUGAGAUGAAAUGAAACAAGGACAUAUUGGCUUGGACUCGGCGUUUGAUUUGUGGCUGCUUGGCCAUUUCAAGCUGAGGAUUUUUCGCCUCUCGCAUGGGGCAUCCCGAACUGGAGUGUAAAGCCUUGUCCUUUCUCUUACAGUGGAAACUCGGGGUUAAAGGAAAUCGCUUAAAUCGCAAUGGAUCGGAAAAAUAACCACACAGCAAACAAAAACAAGCAAAGUAAAUACGGUAAGUCGUAUUUUAUUGAACAUUCUAGCGAAUAUUUAUUGAUUUGAAUCUUUUACCUGAAUUCCCAUACAAAUCCUUUUUAUAUGAAAAUACAUGUGUUAACGAUUAAACUCACACACUGAGCUUGGGCCGCCUGUGGUUAAAGAAACUAUCCAGAGUUCAAGUUCAUUACCUUUCAUCACCAACAAUAAUUUGUUCAUAUCUGGAUUUUUUAAACCGGGUUAGCAAAAAUAUCAACUCAUUCUACCACUUGGCAAUUUAAAACAAUAAAACUCGUUCAAAGGCCG